AUGGAUGACCCAAUCCAGCCAACGGCAUCCGGACGUCCCAGGAAACGGGCCGUGGAGGCUUGCAUUUUCUGUCGCAAGCGCAAGAUCAAGUGCAAUAAUGAACAGCCUGUAUGCGCCAACUGCAGGACGUACGGCAAGGAUUGCAUUUACGAACCGCUCAGUGAGUCGUCCCAAUUGCCAGCGCCUGGCAGGCUACGUGCACAGCCGUCCCACCGCUCCAAGGCCGCUCAGAGGAGACUCAGGUCUCGCGUCCCACGCAAUGAUGAACCUGCAGCCGUCUCUCCCGCCGGACUUGAACAGGACCCGGCCUGCCCGAAUACGACAUUUCCAGUGCACCAAGACCGGCAGUCACCCCACCGCCCUCAGAGCCGCGAAGGCUUGGUAUCCCCCGGCGUCUCUCGCCUGGUAGUCUCCGCCAACGGCGUGUCAAGCUACCACGGCCGGACCAGCGCAUUGUUUGACGAAAACCUACCAGAUCGGCUGCCCGGAGAGUUUCGGCCGCGCAUGCCAGAUGAGUGGGUUGAGAAAGGCCUCGUUGCAGAAGCAGCGAAACAGCGCCAGCUCGAAGAGCUCAAUUUCCGCGCGGGCAAACUAGAUUUCGACACGGUUGAUCCCGACUUGGGAAUGCACCUCUUGUCGCUCCACUGGAAUCGGCAGCAUCACUCGUUUCUCAUCACCUACCGGCCAGCCUUUAUGCGGGACAUGGCUUGCGGCGGCCCGUAUUUCAGCAAAUUGCUACUCAAUGCCAUCUACUUUGGCGCUGCCAAGUUCAGCCCUCGUCUCGAGGUCCGAAAAGACCCCGAUGAUCCCCGGACAGCAGGUUGGAAAUUUCGGCAGAGAGUACGCGAGCUUCUAGGUGGCUCUCUAGAUCGCAGUGAUAUCACUACAAUACAAGCAUUGCUAGUGAUGACGAAUUCCCUCUUUGCGUUGGGUGAUGAGCGGAAUGCUGCUUGGCUUUAUUCUGGCUUGGCAUUUCGAAUGAUUAUCGACUUGGGAAUACACGUUGAUAUCACUGAUAGAUCAGACACGAGAAGAUUAUCCGAUGAAGACAUCGAGAUCAGACGGCGAGUGUUCUGGGGAGCUUUUGUCGUCGACAAGAUCCAAAGCCUCUAUCAAGGACGUCCAGCAACUCUGAGGGAAUUGGAUGCCUUGGUCCCGAUCAAGUUCUUUGACACCUUUGAAGAGUUUGAGUUCUGGGAGCCGUUCGCUUACAGCCCCCAGCCCAAUCCCUAUCUCGGCUCAGCAGCCCACAGUGUCUCGACCUUUACUCAUUUGUGCAAGCUGUCGGUCGUGAUGAGCGACAUACUGAGCAAUAUAUACACAGAGCGCAUUUCCACAACAGACCUAUCUAAGGUGCUUCAGAGCCUCCACUCGAAGCUUACCACCUGGAGAGACGCAUUGCCCCCACAUCUGGUCAUCAAUUCUCGUGGUGAUGAAUACCCGUGUCCUCCGCCUCAUGUACUCAGCUUGCACGCAAUGUACUACGUUUUAAUCAUACUCCUCCACCGGCCUUUUGUCGCAGACGGUCACCUCCACAACAUGUCCCGCUCCAUCUCGGUCAACUCAUUCAUCGAGUGUGCCUCGGCAGCCUCCAAUAUUGUCUCUCUUCUCCGGGCAUACGACCAGGCCUUUUCAGUUCGACGGGCUCCAUAUCUGAUCUCGUAUGCCACGUACGUAGCGGCAACAAUACAUACUCGCAUAGCGGCCAAGCGUGCACAUGCGUCCAAAGAGCAUCGUAAUCUCGAGACCUGUCUUGCCGUUUUCCGUGAAAACCAAGCAACAAACUGGGCGGUCAGGAGAGCAAACCUCGUGAUUAGAAAUCUGAUGAAGCGUCUUGGAGUCUCCAUCGAUGAGGGAGAGGAAGGUUUGCGUAUCCACGUUGACAGGGAGGCAGGACCUGCCUUGCCCAUGGUUGGGUCAGCCGGCUCAGCACAAGGGGCUAGCCUCCCAGCAAACCCCCCCAGUGAUGGCCGACCAGCUGGAUCCCCUAGCAACAGUUGGCUUAACAUUGACGAGAUUAUGCAGAGUUUUGUUCGUGAAGGUGAACAAUGCGGCCAAAAAAAUAGCGUGGUUCAACCGAUGGUGCAACAGGACGACUUAUCAUCGGUACAGAGGGGCUCCGCUUCUCUUCAAACUCCCAAGUCAAUUCAGUACGGCCCUGAAAUAAUGCAUUCACAGCCCAGGGACCAUAUUGCAAGGCAAGACGGCGAGACUCAAGCGGCAACUUGGCAUCAUCCCGGCACAGACGACAUAGUCGGAACUAGUUCUGUGGAUGAUUUGCUUUUCGGCUUUAAUGGCUCAGCACUGGAUAGCUUCCAAUUCCUCGAAUGGGAGUCGAUGUAA